CGGCCCUCCCGCGUCCCGCCCCGCUCCGCUCCUCUCCACGCGUCCCCGGCGCCCCUCCUCUCCGCUGCCGGCUCUGCCUGCUGCUCGCUCGCUCGGUGGCGGUGGGAAGCGGUUGCUGCGGCUGGCCGAUCCGCCCUGCCUUCUCCUUCGCUUAGCCGAGCCGGAUAAAAGACAACGUCGAUUCCGGCAGCAGCUCCAGAGUUCCCUCGGGCAUCUUCGCGCCGUGCGCCUUCGCCGACCCGUCUUGGAGAUGGCCGAGAACCUCAGCCGCCCCCGCCUCCUUUUCCUCCUCCUGGCCGUCGCCUUCGCCGCUCUGAGCGAGAGAGGAUAUGCUGAUGACUUCAGUUUAGAAGACGCACUCAGAGACCAGCCAACAAAGCGACCUACUCACAAGCCACCCAAAAAGCCUUCUUCUAGUGGAACAGGUGGUUUUGACCUGUCUGACUACUUUGAUGACCCUCUGGAGACAACGACAAAGCCAGCAAAGGUGACCACUGGCCCUUAUCCGAAGAAACCAGACGAUAUCCGCUGGAAUGUACAGUACACCACCACCACCAAGCAGCCGAAAACGACCAAGGCACCCCCCAAAAAACACCCAGCCAAAGAUUCCUUGGAUUUUGACUUAAGCGAUGCCUUGGAUGACCAAAAUGAUGCGCAAGGUGGUGGGACGCCAGUUGUCAAUCCUGGUGGAGGCUCCAAAGGUAGAGGUGGAAGAGGUGGAAAACCUGGUUUUUCAGAUGAUGACCUGGCUGGAAUUCUGGAUGAUGGAGGCUACCAACCAGACAAGAAGAAAGGGGCCAGUGGUGGCGGCGGCAGCGACAGCAAUUAUAAUGACGGUGCCCUAGUAGAGACAGGGACGAUUGCUGGCAUAGUCAGCGGCCUGGCUAUGGCUCUAAUCGGUGCUGUGAGCAGCUACAUCUCAUACCAGCAAAAGAAGUUCUGUUUCAGCAUACAACAGGGUCUGAAUGCAGAGUACGUGAAAGGAGAAAACAUGGAAGCGGUGGUGACUGAAGAGCCGCAAGUUAAAUAUUCUGUCCUAGAGCCACAGUCAGCAGAACCACCUCCGCCGCAAGAGAACGCAAAGGUCUAAACGGUCAGGCUCGGACGGGAAAGAAUUGGUCAACAGCAACCACAUACACGCUUCAAACAUGCUUGUAAUUUAGCUUUUUACAAACAUUUAAUUUGGAUCCAAAGCUAUUUAAUGUGUGUUCUGACUAGAACAGGCUUCUUAUUGUGGUAGACUGUAGGCAGGUUGAAAUAUUUGUUUCUUUUUUUUCCACCGUUUGUUUUUUGUGAAGAGUUGUAGGUUUACAUUGACUUGGUCAUGUAGGAGUUUUGUCAGGUUGAAUUCAAACCACAAAGGUGCUUCAAAGUGAUGUUUCAUAUUAGAUGUAGGGAUUUUCAUUAAUGAGGGAGAAAAAGCAGCUGGGGAUAGUGACUACAGAUGUGAGAACAAUGAAGUGCCUGUAAAUUAACAAUCCAAAGCAAACCAUGUAAAAAAAAAAACACCUUUGUAGAAAUGUCUUUCAGCUACAUUGGCUGGCGGCUAUGAGCACGUGGCUUCCACUGACUCUAGCGGAAGUACAUGGGCAUUGGAGGGUGGAGCUUAGCCUUCUGGGUAGUUACACCUCAAGAUAUAUAAGUGCCUGUGGGGUUGGUCUUCAUUUGAAAACUCAGCCUGUUGGCAGAAGACAGCAAGUAAACAGCACCCCCAUCCAAUUGGGGUUCGGUGUCGCUGUUAGGGACGGGCACAACCUGCAUUUUUGCAGUUUGGUUCACAAACUGACCCGAUUCGUAUGCCGUUUAAACUAUAAACCCCUGCUUUCUGCUCCUUGCAGCUUUAUACAGGGAACAGAAAGCAGGGGUUUAAAUGGCUCCCAGCCAUUCAAACCAAACAGCUGAGUGGCAGGAGCUUCCCACAACUCAGGAUUCUUGUGAAGAGCAGGAAAGUAUGGGUUUAAACCCCUGCUUUCUGCCCUUCACGAACUGCCACAGACUGAAUCAAAAUUCAUGGAAGGUCAUGGCAGUUCUUCAGUUCAUGAAUGGCAAACCAGCCAAAAAUUCAUGAUGAAUUUUAGUUCGUCAGCUGGUUUGUGCCCAUCUCUAAUUGCUGUAUCAAUAACCCUGAUCCUUUUGCUACCAGAACCCUGUGCAAGUAGUUGUUAUACAUGCAGUGUUUCAUGUUAACAAUCAAAGGAUGAUUCAGAGGUUAAACUCCAGCUUGCACGUAACCUUAGGGCAAAGAAAUCGUUUCCUGUUUUGCACACUUUCCAAAGUACAAAUCUUAUAGGCAUGGGUGCCAGAUUGUGUUUUCGCUUUCUCCAACUUCAAGGCUUGUUAAAGUGCUUGAAUUGCAGUGAGUGCAAGAACUGUUGCAACCAGGUUCCAGCUGCAGCAGUUUUGCAUGGUCUGCAGGCAUGCAUUCACAGGAUCCAUUGCAGUGUGGCAGAGGACGUUGGGUACCACCGUUAGCUUGCAUGCUCUUCCUCACUUCACCACUAUAUUUGAUUAAAUACAACGUGGACUUCAGAAUCUAAAUACCUGUUUCUGGCUGAGGACAUUUUAGGCUAGGGGAAUUAAACCACAAAAUAUAAUGCUCUAUUGUGUAUUCUAGAUUAAAAGUUCAGUAGUUUCUGUUUCAAUAAGAUAAAAAGGAUUUCAAAGCACAUGCACAAUAUUUUUCAUAGAAUUCCUGGUCCAUAGUUUACUGCAUAUCCCAUGGAUGUCCACUUCUAGGCCUAGUCCAGUCUAACAGUGAUAAAAUAGUGCAAUAAAAUAGUUCUUGGACUAUGUACUCCCAUCAGCCUGCAGAAUGUAUUGCUAGGUAUGUGCCACCUUGCUAAAUGUUUAACUCUCCCCUGCUAUGAAAAACUCCUUGCACAUAGGGAUCAAUCUAAUAAAUUUUCUCUAUCUCGUCUUCCAAGGAGUUUGGGCACUGGACAGGAUUCUCCCUUCCCCAUUUUAUCUUCACAACAACCCAGUGAGGUAUGUUAGUGACACAAGCUUUGUGGCAGUAUGGCAAUCUUAUCCCAGGUCCCUGUGAGUCUAGUACAGCACUGACCACUGCACCUCACUGGCUAGACACUAGGGAGGCAGGGCAGAGGGAAGAAUCGAGAAGUAAAAUAGUCCACGGCCAGUUUUAUCACGACAGUCUGUUUGUCUAUAUGUGGCCUCAGUAAUGAACUCAGCCAAUGAGCCAUUUGAGUCUCUUUAAAAGAUGCAGACGUCCACUCCUGGCUCUCUAGACACAAAACAGCACAGUGCAAGAGGGCAUUGUGCCUAACCUGAGAAUAAUGAUGUAGCUAAGACUUAGAAAGGACAUGACUUAAUUCUUGUUCAGUGAGACCCUUUGUGUGAUUUCGUCCUUCAGCAGAACUUUGAGGAAGAGUAGCCAAUCUCAGUCCUGGCAGAGGGGAAAGUGUGUCCCCCCUUCUCCAUCGCCCUGAAGAAAUCCUAGUGUUUCUGUUUUAUUAUUAGAAGCAUCCCAGUACUGAGCCGCGUGAAGGCUAGCACUCUCUUUAUUCCCAGGGCUGCUACCUGAACCUUCUCAGAGUGAUACUGUGAGUGAACCCGGAGCCUUCUCACUGGAAAGCAUGCAUUCUACCACUGAACGGUGGAGUAACCGAGACAGGAAUCUGGCCCAAGUCAAACAUUUUUACCUGAAGUUCGUAGGAACCCCUCUUUUCCACUAAUGUAGCAAGGUAUGCAUUUUUGUAUCCUAGAAUGAUGAAUG